AUGCGAGCUCUCUCUGUUUUCGUUGCACUCUUCUCUUUCCUGGCACUAUCAUCCGCCUCUCCAGGGCAAGAUGUGGCCAAGCGAGUCACCAGCGGAUCGCUUCAGCAAGUGACCAACUUCGGAUCUAACCCCUCGGGCACGCUCAUGUACAUAUAUGUCCCUAACAACCUAGCCACUAAGCCUGGAAUUGUCGUUGCUAUUCAUUACUGCACCGGAACCGCACAAGCAUACUACACAGGAUCCCCCUAUGCACAGCUGGCCGAGAAGUAUGGCUUCAUCGUCAUCUACCCCCAGAGUCCCUAUAGCGGUACCUGCUGGGACGUCAGCUCCCAAUCCGCCCUGACCCACAAUGGCGGCGGCGACAGCAAUUCCAUCGCCAACAUGGUUACCUGGACCAUCAGCCAAUACAACGCCGACACCAGCAAGGUGUUCGUCACAGGGUCCAGCUCCGGAGCUAUGAUGACGAACGUCAUGGCCGCCACAUACCCCGAACUUUUCGCCGCCGCGACAGUCUACUCCGGCGUCCCCGCCGGCUGUUUCUACUCCUCCUCCAACCAAGUCAACGGCUGGAACAGCAGCUGCGCCCAGGGCAACGUCAUCAGCACCCCAGAGGUCUGGGGCGGUAUCGCCAAAGCAAUGUACCCGGGGUAUACCGGGCCACGGCCCCGCAUGCAGAUCUACCACGGCAGCGUGGAUACCACUCUCUACCCGCAGAAUUACUACGAAACCUGCAAGCAGUGGGCGGGUGUCUUCGGGUACAACUAUAACUCGCCGCAGUCGACCCAGAGCAACACCCCGCAGGCGAACUACCAGACUACCAUCUGGGGCCCGAAUCUGCAGGGCAUCUUUGCAACGGGCGUCGGACAUACGGUUCCUAUUCAUGGGGAGCAGGACAUGGAGUGGUUUGGGUUUACCGGGGGUUCGUCGUCGACGACGACUACUGCUACAACGCCUCCGACGACGAGCACGACGACAUCGUCGGGGGGGUCGUCGACCAGCACUGGUGUUGCAGAGCACUGGGGUCAAUGUGGCGGUAAUGGGUGGACGGGGCCGACGGCGUGUGCGAGCGGGUAUACCUGCACCGUGAUAAAUGAGUGGUAUUCCCAGUGUUUGUAG